AUGGGAAAGGUUACGAGGAAGCCACAGGAGAAGCACAAAGUGUCCUUGUCGCCUGCAGUAUCAGACCUCGUCAAGAAGAUCUCCACAGCCCCUCUUGCAGAAUUACCAGCCCUCUUCAGCGGAUGGUCGCAAAGAUGGCCCUACCCUCGCGGCGAUUUGAACAAUUGGAUCGAGCCUCUUGAUCGAUUCGACAGCAUAUUGGCAGACUUCAAUGCGAAAUAUGGACUGGACAAGGGUCCUCAGACCGUGCCGUUCGGUAUCUCGUUGCUCCUGGAGGGUAGCCCCGGUGUCGAUGAAAAGCGACUGCAAGAGCUAGGCUUUGGGCCAGAAGGCGACCGAGAACUGGUGGAAGCGAUCUUGGUGUUUUCGAAGUUGCUGGUGGAAAAAUGUGCCAACCGCGCAGUGUACAACAGCACCGACCGUCUGAACGACCUGCUCAACACCGCGUCCUUGUCGUUGCUGCACAGUACGCUCAGAAUCACAUUUUACCUAGCGCAAAGAUACGCAGAGCGCACGCCGCCUUCUCGUCAACAUGUCACCAAAUUCUACGAUUUCGACCAUGAGCGACUCCAAAGACUCGCUGCUCCUUUCGGACAACCGAACAGCCUGCUUGCCAAACGAGGAGCUACCUCUCCGAUCAAGACUCUCAAGUCGAAAGAGAAAGGGUCUCUUGGAAGCAAGCCUCGGCGAGGGUCAUCUGCCGUAAACCCGAAUGACUUUCGUUCUCUUUGCAAAGACACAUCUUCACACGGCGAUCGCGGGAAGUCGACAGCUGCGCCUGAUCGAGAAUGGUUAGCAUGGGCCCACGUGAAAGUUUCAUGGUCUGCAACAGAGGCCGGACAAAAACCUACUACCAGUGAUGCGUCUCAGGCCACCGAACCACCGGGGACUCCGACGCCAGUCAGACAAGCUACAUCAGGACUGGGCAGAGUUGACACGACUGGCUCGCCGAGUGGAAGCGGAAGUCGCGUGGCGCAAGAAACAGAUGGUACGGAAGUGAAAUCUGUUGAAUAUGGCCCGGGAGACUUGACCCACACCACGAUCGAGGCCAUCCUGCAAAGUCAACCUGACGACAUGCCACCGAAAGCACGAUACGAGCUGCUGCACCAGCUCCGCGUUGCCUAUGGUCUGAUCACGUCAGUGAAGACACGAAAAGAACUCCUAGCGGUGCGCCUUCUGGCGAUCUCCAGCCUUGCAAACGUGUUCAAUGAGCCCGAGCUCUCCCAAAAGCUGUUUCCUACCGAGCUGGGGGGUCCUAAACCUCACGACCUCGUCCAGCAGAUCGUCAGUCUCAUUCAUGAUACCAAGAAGGUGCAAUCUUCCGUUUCUCUAUACCUCCAGACCCUUGCAAUGGACACCAUAGGGGUUCUUGCGCGGUUGAAGACCUUCGCCCCAGAUAUCAACGCCGCAUUAGGAGCAGGGUCAAGCCAAGGCCUUCUGUCCCAGCUUAUCCAGAAAGGUUUGACUGACGUAGCAAAAGACAACGACAGCACUGACACGCCCGUCGGCGACGACUGGAGAGAGGCUGUUUUCUCGAUGCCGGCGACUCUCAUCGAAGCCACGGGUCACCACGGCCGUUCUAGUGAGGCGGUCAUCACUCCCAGCUUCCUUACCACCUAUCUCUCUGGGUUCAACAUCACAACCGGCAAGGCACUGCGAGUUCAUUUGCGUAUGCUCGACUUUAUCAAAACGUUCUUCCAUCACUUCAAGGAUGGAUUGGCGACUUUGACUGCCAGCAAUGCCUUCGAGUCAAUCAGUAAUCUUCUUGGUGAACUGGUGACCAGCGCCUGGACACUGCUACAGGCCGGAGAAGGGAUUCCGGCGCAGUACAAAACCCGCGCUACCGACUACGAGAUUCCAUACGUGCAUCAACAGAUCAUUCGCUCUAUUAUCGACAUGAUUAACGACAUCAGCGGUCAUCAAGGGGCACAGGCCGAUCGAGUUUUGAGAAGCCUGGUGGAUUCUCAAGCCUUGCUUCGAGCUUUCCGUCUCAUUGUCGACCAUCUUUCUGCAUUUGGCGCACACACCUGGAGUGAGCUCGUGAAGGCAGUCGGUGGGUUUCUGCAUAAUGAGCCUACCAGCUACACUGUGAUUGCUGAAGCUGGUAUCGUUCAAAGCUUGCUAAACACAGUCACUGUCUCUCAAAGCCAGCCUUCCCCGCAGAAUCCCAGAACAAUCUCGUCCGAGCCUGAACAUCUACCGCAGGGCAUCCCUCCUGUCGUGGACGCCAUCAUCCAGGUUGCGCAAAUAUUCAGCGCCAUUUGCCUCACCAAUGCUGGAUUUGAACUUUUCAAGUCCUCCGGUGCACUCGAAAAGUAUUUCGAAAUGUUCGAAUCCCCUGCCCACGUAAAGGUGUUGAACGACGCAAACAUUCUGGCGCAUUUGGGCUCAACCUUUGACGAAUUUGUCAGACAUCAUCCAAACCUGCGGGAUUCGGUCCUCAGUGCGGUAAUAGUCAUGAUUGCACGCGUCCGGCACAUAAGCAGGAUGCUAGCAGUUGAUGUUGGAGCUGGCCCAAAGCUCUGGCUUGGAUCAAGUGAUGGGCAUGUUCCUUGUGGUGGACGGGAGGCACUUUCACUUGAGAUGGUCCCUUCACCCUCUACUGCGUCCGAUGAGCCUCUAAGUCCCAGGACCAUUGGCCUACCGAACGGGAACACUCUUACUCUCGUGACUGAGGUCCUUCCUCCCAGCACCGUCUCCGGUAUCCCGCGGGAUGAAGACAGCUACGGACUCAAGGCGCAUAACUAUGCCAGACCCGCCGUUGCCUUCUUGGUAGCAUUCUUCGAGAACCAGUCGCUUUGUACGAGUUUUCUCGAGUGCGGUGGCUGCGAUCUGGUACUUGAUUACAUCACUCUGCCGAGUCUGCCAGUUUAUGAUGGGCCUUUCGAACGCCCCGAUGGCAUGCUGUCGGAAUUGUCAGCAGCAGUUCAUAUGAUGGCCGAAACCAAGCCUCAUCUUGUACUGCCCGCACUUGCUGACCGCGCGCACUUCGCUUGUUCGGAAUUGAAGCAUUUCAGUCAGUCUCAAUCAACCGGUUGGAGCAGUUACUUUGCGCCUUUGGUCAAGGCCGCGCCAGAGUCUGAUACUUCUGGGCAGCCGUCGGGCGCCCCUCUCUCAGAAGUUGAGCUUAAUGGCACCCGGAUCGCGAAAGCCCUAAUGGCCGUGUUUUGCCUUGCCCAAGUACUCGCAGAAGUCUUCAAUGCGCCGAUGUACAGUACCAGAUCGUCCCAGAACUACCUCUUCGGGCUUGUCAACCUCGCGGAUGUGUUUGCUGACAUGUGCAAGUUGAUGGGAGGCAUUUGCGCUGCCUCCUAUCACGAAGACAUCGCGAUUCAGCGACUCAUGCCUGACUCAUGGAUACCUGCCACACGACCUGAGCUUUUUACGACUGGCGAUGAUGAAGUCGACAAGAUUCUUAGUGUUCAAGACAGCAGCUCACGCGCUGGCCAGAAUACCGAGGAGCCAUCUACGGGAACAAACUCUGAUUCCAGCAAUUCCGAAUUGGACAAACAGAAGGAGACUCCCUUUUUUGAAAACGCUAGAGUCCUUCGGUAUUUGUUAAUCGAGACGCCUGCCGCCAUUACGGAGUUCCUCUGCCGACUGGGACGUGGCCUUGCUGGCCGUCGACGCCCAGACACCUUCGCCCGGCAAAAGGCUACUGCUGUUGCGGAUGCCCUCGCCUCGGCAUAUCUGACCCAACUACAACCAUAUUUCCUUACUUCCGGCGACCGGGACGAAGGCUGUGAACCUCGCUUCAGAUACCUGGUCAUCGCCCUUGACAAUGUGCGUUGCAGCUUCUACGAUGACAGCCACCCAUCAUCAGGACCAAUGGCCAGCCCGGCCCGGCAGAGCUUUGUCGUGGAAGCGUUCCGCAAAGCCGGUGGCGUCAAGGUUUUGACAAAGAUUGGCACAGAAUUUUUCGAUAAGCUCAAGGGCUGUAAGGUCGAACACUCUACCUUUUCUGCGAACACUGGUCUCAAGAUCUGCCUCGACAUCUUGGACCAAUUCACAGACUCGAAAUCUAUCAUGGAGUCGCUGCAAUCCAACAUCAUGAGGAACAAUGACCCGUCAAAGCCUUUCUACUUCAAUCCCGCGCAAACCCUACUGAGCUUGCGCAUGGAGGCGCUACCAUUGACUAGGUUGAUUUGGGAGAGCGAAUACGCAGAUCAAGCGUCCAAGGAUGUUGUGCAAAAGCUUGUUUCAAUUUUCAAGCAUAUUUUUACAGGGGACCAUGAAAGCGAGGCCGUCCAGAACGCCGAACGCCAGCCUGUUUUGACGGCUCUUUCUCCUAGGAGAAUGGUUGUCGACCCGCAGAAGGUUGCUGUGCUGAAGAGCGCAGGCUAUGAUGAAGGCCUCGCUCGCGAAGCUGUUUACCGCACGAAUUCGCUACCAUCGUCCAAUUCUGCAGCGGCUGCGGAGUACUGCAAAGCCAUAACAGCAAACCCGCGGCGGAGACGGCUACCGAUUCCUGAGAGGGAGGAUGACAUUACUUUCGAACCUCAGGGCACUCCAGGGAUGACAAGCCCUUCCGCGACAUCGAACUCAUUGCGGAAUGCCCUCUUGGAAAUGCCGGCAAGCGACGCUUUUGCAGCUGUUCUUGCCGGCGUCGUGAACAACGCCCUUGAUGACAGCUUGAUGGAAGAUGUUGACAGUGCACAUCAGCAAACGAGACCUUCAACCACCGCUCCUGAUGACAAUGCGGGCAAUGGACCCGAGGGUCAUAGCCGUUCUGAACAACCUCCUGCAGAUUCUCCAACGUUUUACUCUGUCGAAUCAAUCAACGCAGAGAGGGCGGUGAUCCGAGAAGACCUUGCUGAUCGCUGCAACAAUAUUCUCAACAACCAUCCAAACCUGACCUUUGAACUCUCUGAUCUUAUCGUCAGCGCAACCAAGAAGCUCCCAGAAGAUGCCGCUAAGGACUACUGGAGAACUACCUCUGAUCUCCUGGUUAGCUCGUUGCUCUCGAUGCAGGUUGAGGAUGACAUUAACGAAGCGCGAGGAAAGAAGAUUGCUGCAGCUGCGCACCUUGUUGCACUGCUUAUUCAAGAUGGCGAGGUGUUUAAAGAAACACUAAACAUCUAUCAAGAAGCUUUUGAUGGACUUCUCUCUUUUCUUCGACUCCCCACCUCCGAUGGACGGUCUGCACAAGAGUCAUUUCCCUGGGUGGCUCCCGUACUCAUUAUCGUCGAAAAAAUGCUCUCAAAGGACGCUGAACCAGCAGAAGUGAAGUGGUAUCCGCCUACCGACCUUGACACUGUCAGCAAGGCUGAGGUAAUCCCUUCCUCAGUGCUUGACUUGUCCGCCAAGCGAGAACUUUUUGAUGCUCUUGUGGACCUGCUGCCACGUGUUGGGAAGGACAAGCUGAUGGGGCUUGCAAUCACAAGAGUUCUCGUUAUCCUCACGCGUGAACGCGCGCUCUCUUCGCGCUUAGCCGAGAAGCGGAACCUACAGAGACUCUUCUUGAUGAUCAAGCAGCUUGCUAAUGACGUGGGCCACCGACUCCAGAGCGCGUUCAUGAUCGUCCUACGACAUAUCGUCGAGGAUGAUGAUAUCCUGAGACAAAUCAUGCGUAGUGAGAUUAGAGCCUUUUUCACACUACGCAAUUCUUCAAGGCAUAUCGAUAUUGGGACCUACCUUCGUGAGAUGCACCAUCUUGUCAUCCGCUCUCCAGACACAUUUGUUAGUGUCACGAAUGAGCUGGUCAAGAUUUCGGCAUGGCAACCUCAUUACAACAACACUGUCAGCCUUAUUCUCAAAGAUGCUGGCGAUGGAAAGGAAGGAGAAGGACAGCCCGCUGCCGAUCCCGGCGAAGCCUCGAUGCAGCCUGCAGCCAGUGUUGAGCCUCCGGAUGAUUCAAUCGCAGAGCCCGGCAAGAGUAAGACUUCUGACAUCAAGCCGCCGAUUGUGGAGCACCCUGACGGCGUGAUUCACUUCAUUCUGUCAGAACUUCUCAAUUAUAAAGAUGUCGAGGAUAAGGAUACUCCUGCAGAGCCGCAAGUGGCCCCAGGAGGGAGGGAAGCACGUGAUCAGCAACAAGUGGGCAAUGCGCAGGCUACACAAGACGAAGCGGUGGAUAGCCCUCAGGAGCGACACAACGUGGAGAAGGCUAAUAAGUUCAAGCCGGACGACCAUCCCAUCUUCGCCUAUCGAUGCUUUUUGAUGUACAGCCUGACGGAGCUUCUGCACUCCUACAACCGCACCAAGGUUGAGCUCAUCAACUUCUCUCGCAAAGCAGAUCCUAUGGCUGUCACACCGUCUAAACCUCGAGCCGGUGUCCUCAACUACCUCUUGAAUGGCUUAAUCCCAUCUGGAUACGUCGACAAGGAAGAGAGUGCACAAUUCAAGAAGAAGGUUCUCACCAGCGACUGGGCCAUCCGGGUUAUCGUCGCCCUUUGUUCAAAGACCGGCGAAAUGGGCAUGGGAGGAUCAGCUUCCCGUUUGUCCAUGCAGCCGCAGGUAGAUGAUACCGAUGAUGAGCCAGACCUUACUUUCGUGCGUCGCUUUGUCCUCGAGCAUGCCAUAAAGUCAUACAAAGACGCGAUAUUGUCAAAUGAGCCGCUUCAGAUGAAGUACAGCCGACUCCUUUGCCUUGCGGAUUUGUUCAAUCGACUCUUGACGAAGCCAGCAGUUCCUGAAGGUUCAGCUGGCUCUCAGAACACAUCGUACAAAGUGCUUGCUCGAAUGAUGUUCGAGAAGAAUUUGACCCAAGUUUUGACAAGCUCGCUGGCCGAUAUAGAUUUGUCGUAUCCUGGAUCGAAGCGAGUCAUCAAGUUCAUUCUUCGACCGCUGCAAGAACUUACCAGUCUAGCCACUCAUCUGAGCCUUACGUCUCCGGACUUCCUGAACAACGUGGCAGGGAACAUGUCUGAGGAUGUGAUAUCUUCUGCGUCUUCCGUUUCCGACGUCGAAGACGAGCGCGAAGAGACCCCUGAUCUGUUCCGAAACUCUGCUCUUGGCAUACUCGAUCGCAAUAGAGAUUCCGAUUCUUCGUCCGGCUCCGACGAGGGAGACGAGGAUGAAGAAAUGUACGACGAGGAAUAUGAAGACGAGAUGGAAUAUGAUGAUGGAGUUGUUGCCGCAGGUGCCGAUGAUGAGCCUGUUAGCGACGAGGAGAUCGACGAUGAAAUGGCCGCUGAGGGUGAGAUCGAGGGCCUUCCAGGGGAUGUGCCCAUGGAUAUCGAAUUUGUCAUGAAUGACCAUAUGGAUGUGGAGACGGAUGACGAAUCCGAAGACGAUGAGGAUGAAAGCGAGGAAGACGACGAUGAAGACGACGAGGACGAAAGCGGCGAAGAUUACAUGGCUGAGGAUGAUGAAGAAGCGGGUGAGAUCAAUGGAGAUGAUGAGAAUCACAGCCUCAAUGGCGGCCCAGAAGAUGAAGUCGAUUGGGAGGACGAGGAUGACGACCAAGAAGUUGAAGGCAGCGACGAGCAAGACGACAUUGACGACAUCGACUAUCAUGGCGAGCCAAUGCCUACAGGCGUACCCAGUGCAGGCGUGUUGAGCAACCUCCUCCGAGCCCUGGGGAACGAUGACUUGGAUGGUCCAGGUGGUCUACACCAUGUUCCCCCUGAACUCAUUGUUCCCGCUGCAGGCUCUGGUGACCGGGAUGACGAAGAUGACGAGGAAGACGAAGAAGACGAGGGCGAUGAGAUGGACGAAAAUGGCGGCAUGGAUUAUGACGACUUCGGCUUCGAUCAUUAUCUCACGGGUGGUGACAAUGCUGACUUUGACGAUCAGGAUGAAGCUCUAUUAUGGAACGAAAUCCCCGUCAUCCGUCGUCCCCGUCACUUCCGUGCCCACGGCGGUGGCCACUCUCCAGCGUUCCUUGGACGACGCGUUGGGCAUCGUGACGACCUAAAUCCCUUGCCUCGCGCAGGUCGGAUCUCGCAACAUGGCCGGUCAGCCGGCGACGAUGGGUUAAACCCGUUGUUAAGGAGACCGGAACAGGCAAACGAACAGCGCCCGAUCAGACUUGCUGAAAUAGGCCCGGGUAUUUUCAUGCCUCCUGGAUUCGACGAUCUCACAGCGAUGGGUGGGUUUCCGCCUCUCGGAGGAACAUUCCAUACCGUCAUCCGCACGGGAGAUGGUUUCGAAGCCGGAGGCCAUGGCGCGAUGCUAGAUGCUAUCCUUCAGGCGCUUCAUCGACGAGAUCGUACAGGCGAGGGCACUCGCUUGCAGUUCAGCAUGACUGCGCCGCUCUCCGAGAUACGGGAAGUUCUAAGACCGUCCAUGUCAGGCAUAGGACACCGUCACCAUGGUCGUGAUGAGUCUUCGCGGUCUGGGAAUUUUAUUCCGGCACUUACAAUGACGCGGUGGCAAGAAGAAGCCCGGCUUCUGUUUUCUGGCACCCAUGUGGAAAAGGCAAAUCGUGUUCAGUAUCUGAUCAUGGCCUCUUUGGUUCCACUUGCUCAACAAGAGGAGAAGGAGAGACGCCGCAAACGUGAGGAAGAGCACCAACGUGAAGAAAUGGAAAGACAGAGACUGGAGGAAGAAAAGCGCAAGAAAGAAGCCGAGGAACGUGAAGCAGCCGCAAAGGCGGAGGAAGAACGGCUACGAGCCGAGUCCGAAGCGGCCGCUGCUGCAGAGAGAGAUCGCAUCGAGCAGUCCGCCGAGCAUGAUGACGGUGACACAGAACCCAUGGAAGAUGUCCGGGGAACCGAAGCGGACAAUACCACACAAGGAAACCAGGAGAGCUUGAGCUCGGGUGAGGAUGCGUCAGGGUCACAAUCCCGCAUCUUCACCACCAUCCGAGGGCGUCAAAUCGAUAUCACGGGCCUUUCGAUCGACCAGGAAUAUCUCGAGGCUCUUCCAGAAGAGCUUCGAGAGGAGGUUAUCAUGCAGCAAUAUGCCACUAGGCGCGAGCAAGCCCGUAACGAAGGCACCCAAACCACUAGUGGCAUUGACCCUGAUUUCCUGGAUGCCCUUCCCGAGGACAUUCGAGAAGAGAUACGACAACAAGAAGCCCACGCCCAGAGAAGACGUGAGCGUGAAGCCGCGCGCCGACAAGCUGCUGCCACUACAGGCACACGUCCCCGGGCGGAGGAAAUGGACGGUGAUUCUAUUCUUGCCAGCUUUGAGCCCAGCCUUCGCCGCGAAGUUCUAGCUGAGCAGACUGAAGAGAUCCUCAAUAAUCUGGAUCCGCGUCAUGCUGCAGAAGGUCGUGCACAUGCCAGACAUCUUUUCAGAUACACCCCGAUGGCUGGCCGGGACACCAACGACCAGCGAGCCAAGGAAGAGACUGCUCAACGAGAGAACAAGCGGCAAAUCAUACAAAUGGUCGAUAAAUCCGGGGUUGCAACUUUACUGCGGCUCAUGUUCAUACCGCAGCAAGGCUCUCUACGGACCAAUCUCUGGCACAUACUUCGCAAUAUAUGUGGCAAUCGCCAGACGCGCUUUGAGGUAAUCAAUCUGCUUCUUGUCAUUCUCAAGGAAGGAUCCACCGAUGUGACCGCUGUUGAACGGAGCCUUGCCAAUUUGUCCCUUCGUGCGAAAGCCACAGUCGGGCAGAAAACCCCGCAGCCAUUAAAGCGCACACUCUCGAUGCAGGCAGCGGGAGGAAUUAGUGAGGAAGUCACUCCCCUUGUUGUGGUACAACAGUGCUUGUCGGCUCUGAAACAGUUGUGUCAGAGCAGUUUCCAUACCAGAACAUUAUUCCUGCGCGAAGCCGAAGUCGGCACAGCUUCAAGAAAAGGAAAGGGAAAAGCGAAGGACAACAAAGCCGUCAAGUAUCCGAUCAAUGACCUGAUCAGCCUUCUUGACAGAAAGUUGAUAGUCGAGAGCACAUCAUGUCUCCAAGCUCUAGCAGAGCUUCUGUCUGCCGUUACGCAGCCUCUGCCAUUGCUGCUACGUAAAGACAAAGACAAAGCUUCAGAUGAUGGCAAAGCUACUCCCGGUGACAACGAAACUCAAGCAGAGGGGCCUUCUACAUCUGCCAGAUCUGCCGAGGCGAUGCAGCUUGAAGCAGGAAACUCCAAUGUCGAGGCUGGACAAGGUUCCACAGCUGGAUCAACAGGAAUUACCGCUAAUACCACGUCCGAGGAGCAACCACAGCAUCCCGGGGCACAUGAGAGUGCCGAAAAGGAUCCGUCCGAUGCCAGCAAUGAUGACCUCAAUCCUGACGAUGCCAAAUCAAGGAAGACGUUUGAACCGCCUGAAAUUUCAGAGCGCAAUCUGCAUCUCGUGGUCAGCAUCUUCGUUGCGCCCGAGUGCAGUAGUGACACUUUCCACUCCACUUUGGAAACGCUGUCCAGCCUGUCUUGCAUCCCAGGCACUGCCGCUAUCUUCAGCAAGGAACUGAUCAACCAUGUCAACAACCUCUCCCAGGCUAUCUCUGCAGAGCUCGACGAACUCCUACCCCAUCUGCGAGAAGCACAGUCGAUCACAGAUCUCCAUGCAAUCGCCUCAUCAAAGUUCUCACAUGCUGGUUCGGAUCAGGUCAAGCUCCUGCGUGUUCUGCGGGCAUUAGACUAUCUGUCGGCGCCCAAACCCGACAGUGACGAAAAUGAUGAACGCCUGGUGGUCAAGAACGCCCUCACAAGUUCAUACGCCAGUCUUCGACCAGUGUGGACCAAGCUAAGCGAGUGUUUGACUGUGAUCCGUGAGAAAGACAACAUUACCAGCUUUGCAACCAUACUCUUGCCGUUGAUAGAGUCCUUGAUGGUGGUUUGCAAGAACACCCCGCUCAAAGAUCCGGCAACGUUGCGUCAAGGUAAGGAGCAAGGACCAGGAAGUCCGGCCGCGGAGCCCGUGGACGACCUUCAAGAGCUCUUCUUCAAUUUCACAACCGAGCACCGCAAGAUCCUCAACGACAUUAUCCGGCAAUCUCCCAAGUUGAUGCAAGGCAAUGGCAGCUUCAGCCUCCUGGUCAAGAAUCCCAAAGUGCUCGACUUCGACAACAAGCGUGCGUACUUCACAAAGCAGAUUCAUUCUCGACUCCAUCAACAGCGACACAUCCAGCCGCCAUUGACACUGAACGUCCGCCGCGACCAGGUAUUCCUGGAUUCCUACAAAGCGCUGUAUUACAAGACGGCGGACGAGAUGAAAUAUGGCAAGCUCAACAUCCGCUUCAAUGGUGAGGAGGGUGUGGACGCCGGUGGUGUCACACGAGAAUGGUUCCAAGUGCUCGCACGAGGCAUGUUCAAUCCAGACUGGGCAUUGUGGCAACCUGUGGCUGCUGAUCGUACAACCUUCCAUCCCAAUCCACUCAGUUGGAUCAACGGAGAGCAUCUGCUGUAUUUCAAGUUCAUCGGACGCAUCAUUGGCAAAGCGUUGCAUGAAGGCCGUGUGCUCGACUGUCAUUUCAGCCGUGCGGUCUACAAGCGUCUGCUCGGGAAAGAGCCCAACCUGAAGGAUCUGGAAUCAAUGGACCUUGAUUACUACAAAAGUCUGGUAUGGAUCCUGGAGAACGAUAUUACCGACGUCAUUACCGAGGACUUCUCAGUCAUCGAGGAACAGUUUGGCGAAGAAAAAGUGGUGGAUCUCAUCCCCAAUGGACGAAACAUCCCGGUGACGGAGGAAAACAAGAGAGAGUAUGUUCAUGCACAGGUUCGCUAUCGGCUUACGACCUCGGUCAAGGAUCAGCUUGAAGCCUUCGUCAAAGGAUUCCACGACAUUAUUCCUGCCGAACUUAUCGCAAUCUUCGACGAGCAGGAACUCGAGCUGUUGAUCUCAGGGUUGCCAGAGAUUGACGUGGACGACUGGCGAGCUCAUACAGAGUAUCACAACUACACUGCCAACAGCCCUCAGGUGACCUGGUUUUGGCGCGUCGUCCGAAACAUGAGCAAUGAGGAGCGAGCCAAGUUGUUGCAAUUCGUCACCGGUACCAGUAAGGUCCCUCUGAAUGGGUUCAAAGACCUCGAAGGGAUGCAGGGGAACACGUUGUUCAGUAUCCACAAGGACCCCAGUUCAGAUCGUCUUCCAACAAGCCAUACUUGCUUCAACCAGCUCGACCUUCCUACUUAUGAUGAUUACGAGACGCUGAAGAGCAAUUUGAUGAAAGCAAUUAAUCUCGGUGCUGACUACUUUGGUUUCGCAUGA